GUUAGCGUCCUGCCGAUUCCGACAAACCUGGUGAUGAGUGAAGACCUGAGAGCUGAACCAGACCAGCUGAUGGCUGAAUACUAGUACAGCACUGGAUAAUUUUUUAAAUUUAGACAUGUAAAAAUUGCCAUUUACAGUCAGGCUUCAAGAGUCUGGCUGAAAACCAAAAGUAGCUACCAUGAACACUGCGGCACUUCAGCGUCCAGAGUCUCCGAGCUCUUUGUGAUGGUACCAGGGAAGAGAAAGGCUGCGGUAAAAAAGAGGCCCAACCUCCAUCACUGCCAGUUAAAAACACGCAAAAUGGAGAAGUUCUCCAGUGAAAUGUUCUUCAUUCUUGCUGGAUUGAAUGAGACAAGGGGAGACAAAAACAUCUACUUUGCCUUUUCUUUUGUGUCCUACCUCUGUACACUUUUUGUAAAUCUGUCUCUCAUACUAAUCAUUUCCACAGAGAAGAUUCUCCAUGAGCCCAUGUUCAUCUUCCUGUGUAAUCUCUGUGUUAAUGGCAUUUUUGGGGCUACGGGUUUCUACCCCAAGAUUCUUAUUGACCUCAUGUCAGACUCCCACAUUAUUUCAUACAGCGCAUGUAUACUUCAGGUUUGCGUGGUCCACACGUAUAUUCUUUCUGAAUUGACCAAUCUGACAGUGAUGGCUUAUGACAGGUAUGUUGCAAUUUGCAAACCACUGGAGUAUCACUCCAUCAUGACGCCACGGAGGCUGAGGAACCUGAUAUUAACUGCCUGGUUUUUUCCUUUAAGUCAGAUUUUAAUGGGAAUAUUGCUAACGGUCAGGCUGCCUCUCUGUGGAAUUAGAAUUGAAAAAGUUUACUGCUCCAAUUGGGAUGUUGUUAGAUUAUCCUGCUCUGAUAACUUUCUGAACAAUCUUCAUUCCUACUCUGUCCUUGUUUCAUACUUAAUUCAGUUGGGGUUGAUCAUGGUCUCCUACAGCCACAUCAUCAGGGUGUCCAUAAGAUCCAGGGCAGAACAGAAGAAGUUCAUGGAGACCUGCCUGCCCCACCUGAUCACUCUAAUGAACUUCAUUCUUGCUUUUCUUUUUGACAUCAUGUACGCACGCUAUGGCUCCAGCAGCAGCCUUCUGUCCCUCCGUAACGUGCUCUCUGUAGAGUACCUCGUCGUUCCUCCCCUGCUGAACCCCCUCAUUUACGGCCUCAAGCUGAAGCAGAUUCGUCGCAGUGUCUGGAGGCUGCUGUACAGAAAAGUCAGUGUGCUGACAUAGAUCUCUCGUUAACUGUUACGGAAACUAUGAAAGUGGAUCAACAUUUCAUCUGACUGUUGGUGUUUCUCUUCUCUGUGACGUUAUUAGAAUCAUAUUUAGAUACCAUGUCUGUAAGGUAGUGAUGUCAGGGACAUGUGCGCUGAUUCCCUCUUCUCCGUGUGGGGGGGGGGGGGGCUUUGCACUCCCUGGGCUGCUCUGGUUUCCCCUGGAUGCUGAGGAUUCCUACUGCUGUCCAAUCAUGUGAAGUGAGGGGAUCUGGCGUCUCUAAAUCACCCAGAGCAUGUGACUGUCUGAGAGUGUCAAUAAGCGCAUGUUGCAGUGAACUGGAGUCCUGUGUGGGCCUACAGCUGCCUGCCAAAGGGUGAAGAGGCAGUGAUAUUUACCAAGCUGCUGAUUUUUGUGAGGUGAUUAAAAAGUGUAUGGUCUCCUUGGUAACAGUCCUAUAGGUAAAAUUUCCCCAUUAAAAUUAAAUCUUGGAAUAA